UCCAACUGCAUGCACAGGUUUGGGCCGACUUUUCCUGCCCGUGCUUUUAACCUGCCUGCCCUUGGAUGCACCCAUUGCAUGGAUGCAUUUGGCAUGCUGCAGACUGCUCUCCCUCUCCUCCUCUUCUUUAUAACCAUGCACUACUAAAGCUCAAGUGGGUAUGGAACUGCAUUCUUGAUCCUUGUGUGUAGGUGAGAAGCUUGUGAGUUAGAGGAGAGGGAGAGAUGGGGUACCACUCCUGCUGCAACAAGCAGAAGGUCAGGAGGGGCCUGUGGUCACCGGAGGAAGACGAGAAGCUCAUCAAGUACAUCACCACGCACGGCCAUGGCUGCUGGAGCUCAGUCCCGAGACAAGCUGGGCUGCAGAGGUGUGGCAAGAGCUGCAGACUGAGGUGGAUCAACUACCUGAGGCCGGACUUGAAGAGGGGAAGCUUCUCGCAGCAGGAGGAGGCUCUCAUCAUUGAGCUCCACAGGGUGCUAGGGAACAGGUGGGCCCAGAUUGCCAAGCAUCUGCCUGGUAGAACAGACAAUGAGGUGAAGAAUUUCUGGAACUCCACCAUCAAGAAGAAGCUCAUCUCUCAGGCCGUGGGCAGCCUCCACCCCGACUUGUACUACAGCAUUCUGGAUGGAGCUGGACAGGGCAUCACAGCGGCAGGAUGCGCGUCACUGCACGGACCGGACAAUUCGUCAUCAGCACAAGGAGUGAGUACGCAGUCACCUCCUUCCAUGGUGCAGAAUCCCGCGGCAUGGGCAGACUUUGGCUCUCAGCAGCUUUUCCUCCCCGACCACAUAGUCCACGGCGGCGGAGAUCUCCAGUACGCCGUCGACGGGGAGUUCAUCAAGCUGUGCCGCGCGGCGGACGCUUACCCGCCGGAUAACGGCGCCGGCAUCGGAGGCCAGUGCAAGCCAGCCGAUCUCGUGGCCCAAGAAGGUGCCGUGGUCCGGAGCCUCCCGGUGUUUCUUGAACCGAAGGGAGCCGGCACUUUCCCUGCCGAGGCGGCCGUGAGCCCGGUGGUGGACUUCAUGGAAGCCAUCCUGGGGUCUUCCUCGACGUCGACGGCCAGUGCCUCAUCUGUCGACAGCGUCUCGGCGAACACCGGCAUGCAACCUUCUCAUUGUUGGAUCCCCUCAAUGUUUGGAGCACUUAAAUAGUUGCAUGGAUUGAUCAAGCACGCAGGCGCAGUAUCAGAUAAAUACAUAUAAUUUGUAGAAAUAAUAUAUACUUAUGUUUUUCAGCGUAGUAAUCACAUAAUUAAGUUAUACGUAAAUAUGUUUACAUAUAUAUUGUGUAGGGAGGAUAAGUAUAUAU